AUGGAAGUAAGCUUGAAUACGGCAUGGCAAGCUUCGUUUCCAUCGGAGCAGCUCUCUUCGGCUAGCUCCACUUGGGGAGACUCUAGUUCUACAACUUCUGUGUUGAAUAAUUAUCCGAAAACAAGUGGCCUCUCUUCUACUACCAAUAGUGACUACGAACAACCAUACAGUUAUAUGUCAACAACAAACCUGUCUCCAUCGGGUUCCAUUGACGCGUCAAACCCCACGUCUACCAUUUCUUCAAGCUCUGUUACCAGUUCUACUACGUUAGCACCAUGGUGGUCAACUGUUUCAAGUGAUCCUAAACCAUUGAAAAGUACCGCGGAUACAAAAAGUUCUUACCUGUCCUUCUCUUCAUCGUCGCCUUGGUGGGAAAGUACUUCCAAUGACAUUUAUGCGUCUCCAACAACAUCGAGUUCAAACCUAAAUACGCAAACGAGUUCAAAUUCAAUAUGGAGCGAAAAUUCGGACUCUAUCUGGGGGCUCAACCCAAUUUUGAUCUCGGGCUCAAGCUCUGGUUCCAUCACCGUGGACACCAGUUCGAAUACCUUUAUCAAUUCUGACACCAAUUCCAAUUUCAAUUGGUGGUCAUCCACCACAAGUAGCUCUUACGAAUUUAUGUCGAGCACCGGUUCUAUGUGGGCAUCGACAUUCUCCAGCCCCAGUACAUGGACUACAAGCGACGAUUUUCAAAAUUCAUUGUCAUCAACAUCGUUACCGUGGUCAUCAUCCUCUCUCGUCACCACUAGUAGUGAUGAAAUACCAGGAAAUAUGGAACCCAUUACAAGUCUUUCAGACAGCUAUUCUUGGUGGAAUCCAUCGACGACAGAGUUUUACUCCCCAUCAGGUUAUACAACUUCGAAAUCAGCAUCUCCAACGCCAAGUACAUCCCCAGUGACCUCUCAAAUGGAUACAUCACCAGUAGCCCUCCCAUCUCAAUCUUCAUACAAUUGGGGUUCAGAGUUAUCGAUAGCAGCGAUUUCGUCAACGAUAACCCUUCCAUCUCAAUCUUCGUACAAUUGGAAUUCAGAGCUAUCGACAACAUCAACUACAUCAACCUCACCUACGUUUGCCUGGCUAUCUGGUUGGUACUCAAGCUGGUUCUUAAGUUCAUCGCCGACCAUGUUACCAAGUGCAUCGGAAGCUCCUGCAAUAAUGGCGACAAUGAGUGCAUCUUCAAACGUGCUGUCAUCCUACAUUCCGCAGACUUCAACAUCUUACGAUCCAUUUACUACAGCAACGCCAACGCCGACUUCUAGUAUAUCACAACCGCUGAUAUCCUCAAGUACAUUUUCUUCUAGAGUGUUUACGAUUCUAUCUUCAGGAUCCCCAUCAUCCUCAACUAUACCCACUUACCUGAUAUCAUCAGCGUCAUCAGCAUCAUCUUUAAUUAAUACGAUAGACCCUUCUUCCUCGACUUCUGAUCUUUGGAUUUAUAGUUCGUCCGAACCGCAACCUAUAACUUCGUCAGUACCUGCUACAGAGGAUUUGAGGUCAACAGAUACUGCUGUGCCGGCUGGAUGGUCGGAUACCAUUCUAUCAGGGAGUACACCACCAUCACCGAUUACUGCGCUAUGGAGUUAUGUGGGGCCUAGCAAUAGCAUAAUUCCGACCACGACGAGUGAUUUUCCUAGUGCUACAUCACUAGCGACAAACGAUUCUUCCGACAUUAUACCUACUUCCAAUGACGAACCAGUUUCUAGUGCAGAUGAUUUGUCUAAUUAUCUGCCCACGAUCUCCGGCGUCGAACCAACGACAUCUGUAAUUUCCAGUCCUGUUGCAGCGCCAACCAGUUUGUCUUCGGAUCCUGUCGCUACAAUUCCCACUAUGUUAUUCAGUACUACAUCUUCCUCUUCCAGUGACUGGUACGAAUCAACUCCAAUGACUUCAGGCAUCGAGAGCAGUCAGGUAGUAGCCUUUUCAAGCGUGCCCUCUGAUUCUUCUGCCACUUCGAGCAUAUGGUUUGAGCUAACUCCCCCAACAUCUAGCGACUCGUCUUUUUUUGUUCCUUCAAGUUCGUCCUUAUUUCCAAUAUCAAUGACAUAUUCAUGGACUUCCCCAGUGGUAGAAUCCUCUUCACAAAGUCCAAUUUCUUCAAGUUCUUCGACGACAUCAGCGGAAGGAAACACAUUCUCCAAAACAAGUUCAGGAAGCUCAUCAAACCAUUCUUCCAAGAGUGGGAUUUCGUCCCCAUCUUAUCUUCACUUCUCUUCACAAUCUAAUUCAACUUCCUCGACAAACGCAGAUUAUUCAGUAUCUUACGGUACAAGAAGUGCUUACUACAUCUACACACAAACAUAUGUGAUUACUGCCUCCACUACAACUUUUGAAACUGGUAUACCUACUACUGUUGGAAUGCCUCGCUCAGGAAGUAGCACUUUUUCGACACCACAGCCGGCCGUCACACAAGAUAUAGGGUUUUACAAUUAUCAUUUAAACAAGGACAAUCACCAUAAUUCACGCCGCGGAGGUAAUGACACUGGUGCAAUAGUUGGUGGUGUUGUCGGCGGUGUAUGUGGAGUUGUGGGAUGCUGUUUGGCAACAUGGAUCCUUUUACGCAGGAGAAGAAACCAUAAGAGGAGUGCGGAAUCUCCACAAGGCUUCAGCGAAGAAAUUGGUAAUAGAGUGGAAAAUACGUCACCUUCGGAAACUCCAAGGACAUACUUUCAAGAAAAACCAGAGGAAUAUAUUGCUAGCAAUACAGGAAAUAACGAAAACCAGUUAUUUUCAAUCUUCAGAACACAGAGAAUAUCACGGACUCCCGGUGUAGAUCUAGCACGCAAUCAGUUUUUCGAUCCCAAUUUCCCCUGUUCAAGUGAGACUAAAGGCAUCGAGGAUCCAUUUCGCGAUAAAUAUAAUUCCAGAGGCAGAUCACACGGUCAAGUUCAAGUGACACCACCUCGAGUACCACCUCCAAGAAAGAUGCAUUCUAAUACCCAACAUCCCAUUCCAUCUAAAAACAUUAAUUCUUCUCGGGAUAACCGUUCUUCGCUUGUUUCAUCCCUUAAUGAUUCAUCGUUCGCUUCCUCACUACAAGGUGAUUACUCGACACUUUCAUCAGGUCCCAUUAGACUAGAUCCUAGUGUCAACGGAAGCAACAUCCCAGAGAAUCCUGACGGUGGAUUUUUCCUUGAGGUUAUUUAA